AUGGAUGAUGCUAACUACUUUGAGUGUGAAUAUAAUGCUUGUGGUAGAGAUAAAGGAAGUGUGCUAGUUAAUUAUGGAAAUUCGAAAGUUUUGGGUGUUCUGAAUGGACCUUUUGAACCGGCUGGUCCAGUAGUUGAUCCUUUUAGAGCGACUGUACGUGUUCAGAUCUAUGCGGGUGGUGAGAAGAAGACAUCGGCAUCUUUACUAUCUGUUUAUUUAGAGAGGUUGUUAAGUGCUUCUCUUAGGAUGCAAGAGUAUCCUAGAUGUAUUAUUGAGGUUAAAUUGUAUCUUUUGAGUUGGUCUGAUAACUAUUAUGCUGCUUUAGUGAAUACAGCUUCUGUUUUGUUGUUGAGUAGUGGUUUGCAGAUGUUUGGAGUUCCUCUGGGUAUUUUCUGUUCCUUAGAAGGGGGUAGAGAGUGUACGGUUGGAGUGAUUUCAAAGGGUGGUGUUUUACAAGAAGUCUUCUAUCUAGGAACGGCUGAAGAACCUAGUAAGACUUGGAAGGAGAAUGUGCCUGAUUUACUAGAACGUAUUAGGUACUCACUGAAGACUAAUUAUGAGGCUGAAAUGGGUGUUUAUGCCAAUGAUAUGGCUUAUCUUAAGAUUAAAUGA